AUGGAAAAAUAUUGUUCUGUUUUCAAGAAGAAAGAUAUGGGCAGUUUGCAAACACUGGUUUGUGUGAAACAGGUGAAGCAAGAGAAAUCGGAAGACUGGGACGAGAGCAUGCCAUUGCCUGGAGAUAUUGUUGAAGGUUUUGAUGAUGUUGAUGAGUUGUUUGUUCCGGUUAAAGCGAAGUCGGAACUUAGUACACAGCUUGGCAAGAUUAGCCAUCUUGUCGAUGUCAUACUGGUUAAGGUUCGAAGGGGUGAUAACAUACUUAAACUCCCCGUUCGAGUGGUUCUCGACAGGAAUUCGAUUCUGCAGAAAAGGUAUACAAUUACAUCUGAAUUAGAUGAAAGGCAUGUUGCAGUUUUGGGGGACUUGACCUUAGAACAAUGUACUGAGCUGCAAGAAAUGAGCAGGAGGGUGGUGAGUUUAGAUUAUCGGGGAUUCAGCAAAAAGGGUGUGAAAUAUGAUUGGAAAAUGAAAACGGGUACUUAUUUGCCGGACCAACGAUGCACGGUUGUUAGCUCAAUUUUGUUCUCACCCCUACAGGUUGAACACAAUACUGAAGCCACUACAGCAAGAUGCAUGGCCUGGUUUUCUGCAACAGUUUCUUCAGGUGUUCCUCUUGUGUUUGUCAAUAUCCAAACAGAACAAAUUCUGACCUCGGAGAAAACCAAUACCACAGGAAAAGAAAAAAUAAGUAAGGGAAAGCAGCAAAACAACACUACAACAAUGCAAAUAGUGCAGGGAAUAAGACUAUGGUUUCUACCAGGUGUUUCCGAAGUUUUACUUGAAAUGUUUCCAGAACUGGGAGAAGCUCGAUUUGGGAUGGAUAUUAAACGGACUGAAGAGUAGCAAAAGGGUCAGCAGCUGACCGUGCAGGAAUGCGGCAUCUAUACGAAGAAGCAAAUGCAACUGGGCAUUUACUUGUGAUCUCUCGUUUGGAAGGCAAGAGCUUAAUGCCUGCUAGUGCUAGCUCUGAUGGGCUCUUACACUGUUGUGAUCAUAAUGAAAUUAGGGACACCCUCAUAAAUGCAAUUUAUCGGAUGGAUGGAAUUCAUGUCCACAUUAUGGCCUGGCCUAACCGGACUCGCCCUGCCAUUACUCGAGCAAUUGAUGCUGCAGCCCUCCUGCCUCCUAACUGAUUGGAUCUAAUUAUCAUCCUUCUUCACUUUAGAAAUAAUUUGGCAUGAUUUGACAAAGAGUUCCAUAAUGUUUUAAAGGAAGACAAAGCGCUACUGGUAUGAAGUAUCACAGAAACUUUGACAGAGAUGGCAUGAGAGAAUAAUUUUCUUUUUACCAGCUUUUGUUUCCUUUUCAGAAUGAGAAGAACCCACGCGUAGUGAGAAUUAUAGCUCACUUCUUAUGUUUUUCUGUUUAGUUGAAGCAUGCCCCAUGCCUAUGCUGGGUAAUCUCUUUACUGUUCAA